AUGGCCGAGAGCGAUGACGGCCUCUCCCUAGAGCCAGGACCAUUUGUGCUACGCUCUCUGCUCGACAACAUUCCACUCUCGGCCGACGGAACGGACGAGGACAUCAAGAUCAACUGCGUGGAAUACUACGAUGGCAAUCUCUAUGUAGGCACGUCGGCCUCGGAGCUCCUCCAUUUUGUCCAGAUCCCCCCCGAUCCCAAUGACGAGAAGUCGACGAGCGUCUUCAUUCUGGCCUCACGGCUCAAGCCACCCUUCUCCGAGUCUGCCAAUUCUCCGUCCAGUCCACGGCCGGGCGUCCAGCAGAUUGUCCUUCUCCCGCCCGUCGGCAAAGCCUGCGUGCGCUGCAACUGGACCGUGACGUUCUACUCGCUGCCCGAGCUGACCCCCAUCUUCCGCGAGGUCAAGAACUGCAACUGGAUCGGCGGCGUCGACCUGACCGAGGAGGCCGCAACAAGUCAUUCGCCGCGUGUCACCAUUUUGCUCUCGCUGAAUCGCCGUCUCCAGGUCGUGCGCAUCGGCGAUGAGGCUCGCGCCAUCAAGAACAUCGACCUUGCCUCUAGCAUACGAUCUGCUCGCCACGAUGCCAUUGCCUGCGUGGCCGACACCAAGAGCUAUACUCUUGUCCAUGUGGAGCAGCAGGCCAAGAUCCCGUUGACCAACAUUUCCUCUUCUGACCAGACACCGCCGCCAGAGCCGGCUUCCCGAAUCCUGGCCGGCGAAGCUGGCGACGGUCUCGCGCGCAGCUCUUCAAACGCACAACCACAACGACGUCCCAGCUCUGCCGCUUCACCUGAUUCCCACAACCGCAGCACAAGUCUCGGCGGUACCGUCACCGGUAGCGCGCCGCAGCAGCAGGCGCCUAAAGAGUCUGAUGCCAACACAGGAACCCAUGAUGUCGCAAAGCCAGCGGCAACAUCGACGAGAAGCUCAGAAGAGACAGGGUCCGACGAAGCCGGCCGCAUUCGGCAUACAGCGCACAUUCCCCCAACUGCUCAAGGUACGGCACUAUUGCGGCCCAAGCCUGGCCCAUUAGAGCCUCUAAUAGCGGCCCCCACGCCAGAAGAGUUCCUCAUUGUCACUGGCACCAGCCCUGUCGAUCCCGGCAUUGGAAUGUUUGUCAACCUGGAUGGCGACCCCACACGGCCGACACUCGAGUUUGCCAGGUACCCCAGCAUGAUCGUGGUAGACGGAGGCUCAGCCGACCCGUCCUCUUUGCGCAUGUCCCUCGGGGGUGCGGGCGGUUCAGGUGAAGAUGAGGGGGACGGAUAUAUCCUUGCAGCCAUGUCCAGAGACUUCCCAGACGGCCUACAUCACGGCCUGGAGAUCCAGCGUUGGGACGUGAACAAUGGCGAGGAUGAGCCUCCCAGAUCGUGGCUAGAGGUUCCGGGCAACGGCCCGGCCUUGCCGGUAGGGAUCCAUCCCCUCGUGAGUAGCCAGGAAAGCCUGGUCCGUGAGGUGGUAGUGAAGCUGUGUCAGAAGCGCGUGUCCCUGCCCUGUCAGCCAAAGGACGGCCCGAACAGCCCAAAGGUCAGCAGCAAGCCGGUUGCGGUGGAGGACGAAGAGGCCAGCCGCUACAAGUCCGAGGUGGUCUUUGCCAGCCGGCUUGCCAAGACAAGCGGCCGAAUUGCCGUCUGGUCCGGGAACCAAAUAUGGUGGGCAAUGCGAAAUCCACUGGUAUUGCAGCUGGAAGCAGCUCUGGCUGCAGACAGGCUUGGAGACAAAAUAGCCCCAAGCACGGCUAAAGAGAGAGUGCAGCUCUUCACCGUGCUCGGAUCAUUUCGAGGCCGGGAGGCCAAGACGGAGCUCGAGUUUGUGACAUUCAGCUACAUCCGGCAGAGGGCCGGCGGGCUGCUCUUCAUGGGUCUCCUCCAAUCUGAUGGAUCGGCGCCUUUCUCGGACGGAGAGCUGAAGGCGAUGGGCGAGGUUCUGCUCGACAGCGGACUCGACCCGCGCAUUAUCGUGGCCAUGAUCCCAGGGCUCCGGGAGGAGAUCGUGCAAAGCCGCAAGGGAAUCUGGAUAUUCGGGGGCGUGAAGGACAUUGUAGAACGAUACCUGAACAGCGACGAGGCCGGACGGGUGGGCAAGAGCGUGGGCUCUCUGCAGUCGCCGAUCCUGCACUUUCUUCGACGAUUCCUGAUCGCGUGGAGGCGAAAGAAGGGUUUUGGCAGCGUCGCAGACGAGGGAGACGUGUUCCGCAGUGUCGACGCGGCCCUGCUGGCGGUGUUGCUGGAGCUGGACCAAGGCAGCCCCAAGGGGCUCGUCACGGCCAAGACGGGCUCGGUGCGGGGGGACCUGAACGACCUGGUGGACAAGGGUGUGGACUGCUUCGGACGGGCGGUAGAGCUUCUAGAGGCGAAACACCGACUGUUUGUACUGAGUCGUCUGUACCAGAGCCGCAAGCAGGCGGCAGAUGUGCUGGCAACUUGGAGGCGGAUCGCAGAGGGCGAGCGAGACGACGGCGGCGAGCUGCAGGACGGCGAACAACGAAUCCGUGAGUACCUAGCCAAAGUGAGCAGCCAGACGCUGGUGCAGGAGUAUGGCCUCUGGCUGGCGAAGCGUCGGCCGAAGCUGGGAGUGCAGGUAUUUGCCGACGACAAGGCGCGAGCGCCGCGAUUCGAGCCAACACAGGUGGUGCCGCUGCUGCGCAACGAGGCUCCGGGUGCGGUCAAGUACUACCUGGAGCAUCUGGUGUUUGCCAAGGGCCAGGCGACGUAUGUGGACGAGCUGAUUGCAUACUACCUGGAAGUCGUCACGGGCGAGCUGCGGGGAUCCGAGGAGGCACGCAGCACGAUGCGGGCGGUGUAUGAGGCGUACCGAGCGCUGCAGCCGCCGAAGCCUACUUUCCACCGGUUUCUGCGGGACAACACGCUUCCGGAUGACGAGGUAGCUCAAAGCCGGCUGCGACUGCUAGAGCUACUGGGUAGUCCGUAUCCGUUUGACGUGGGGGCGAUUCGGCGACGGCUGGCCGAGUCAUUGCCGGCGGCGACGGCGACGACAGCUGCGGCCGAGCAGCUGCUAGUACCCGAGGCCAUCAUUCUGGACGGCCGUGAGCACCGACACGAGGACGCACUGCGGCUGCUGGUGCAUGGUCUGGGCGACUACGACACGGCGGUGUCGUACUGCGAGCGAGGCGGGUCGAGUCUGUAUGUGUCGGUGCGCGGGGCAGACACGGCAGAGCUGCCGAUGCUGCCGCCGACACCGAGGCGACGCGAGAGCCUGCCGCCAACGCGCGAAGAGCAGGCCGGGCUCUUCCGAGCGCUGCUGGUGGAGUUUAUGGCCAUCGAGGACGUGAGUGACCGAGUUGAGCAGACAGGCGCGCUGCUGGGCCGGUUUGCCGGCUACUUUGACGUGCUGGACGUGCUGCAGCUGCUGCCGGACUCGUGGGCUGUUGAUGUGGCCGCUGGCUUCCUGGUGCACGCGCUGCGAGAGCUGGUGCGAGACCGCAAUGAAAGUAGCGUGGCGAGAGCGCUGAGCGGAGCUGAGAACCUGCGGCUGCACGCCGAGCUGAUUGCGCAGAUCGACAAGAAGGGGCCGCAGACGGAGGAGUUGUCGCUUGAGGGAUCCCAUAUUGAAGCGGAGACAUGA